AUGCCUCGCGAGAAACAGAAAAGAGGGCGCCGUGCGCAAGAAAAGGAAAACAAGCGAAAACUCGAAGACGACCACGAGGAGCCAGCACUCAAACGACAGAAACCAACCGAGGACCAGCUCGAGGCCGCAGACUACAUACCAUUGACCUCUGGCGAACAGGAGGAACAAAUUGAACAGUACGAACAGGAUGCACCGGUCGCGGAUCAGAACGAUACACCUUUUUACGGAUUGCUCGACACCGAAGAGCAGGAAUAUUUCUCAAGGGCCGCCGAAGUUCUCGAAUUGAAUCAAUUCCAGACCGCCGAGGAACAGAGCAUUUUCGUCGAGAGUGUAUAUGAAGAAGCAAAAGGAAAGGAAUUGAAAAUUGCAUGCAGUCAGUCCUGUUCACGUCUUCUGGAGAAGAUUAUUUCUCUUUCAAGUACCGAUCAGCUCCGACGACUCUUUGGCAAGUUUCUUGGACAUUUCCUGCACCUGGUACAACAUCGAUUCGCGAGCCACUGCUGCGAGACACUCUUCGUCAAAGUUGCGCCCGCACUUACUCACAAAGCAUCCACGACUAAAAAGCUAAUUAUCGAGGAAGAAGGAAGCGACGAACCCUCUCUAUCACUCGCCGAUAUGUUUCUGCAGGUUGUUUCGGAGCUUGAGGGUAACUGGGGAUAUCUCUUGACGGAGAGGUUCGCGUCUCAUACAAUUCGUGUUCUUCUACUUGUCUUGGCAGGCGAGCCUGUGGACUUGGCAUCACAUGGCUCUCUUGUUGCGAGCAAGGCAAAAGAGGGUGUCGAAGUUCAUCGGAUAGAGGGACAAGAGCAGGUCAUUUCCGCGAAAAAGCAUACUGUGCCGGAUACAUUUUUGAAUGUUCUGAAAAAGGUUAUGGCUGAUAUGACCGCUGGGCUGGAUGAUACUUAUUUGAGAGCAUUGGCCACUCACCACGUCGGAAAUCCUGUUUUGCAGCUUCUGGUGUCCUUGGAACUAUCCCACUUCGGCAAGUCGACCGCCAAAGAUUCACGCUCCGUCUUACGACGAUUGAUACCGGACGAUACAAUGGAGGAGGGUACACAGAGUGCUAUCUUCUUGACCGGGUUGUUAUAUGAUCCUGUCGGCUCGAGAUUAGUUGAGACCAUUGUGCGCUCUGCGCCUGGAAAGCUAUUCAAGAAUAUCCACAAAAAUAUAAUCCGUGAGAGGAUAGCGUCUCUCUCGCGCAAUGAGAUUGCUUCAUAUGUCCUUGUCCGAUGCUUGGAGCGAGUUGGCCGAGAUGAUCUCCAAACGGAUUUGGAGAUGAUUAUCCCGGAAGUCCCUAAUCUUAUUGAGAGAUCGAGACUUACUGUGCCUAGAGCACUAAUUGAGCGAUGUCUCGUUCGCAAUAUCGACACUACCCCUUUAGCAAAGACAUUGCAGGAAUCACUCGAUGAAAAUCCAGUCAAGAGGUUACAGCAGUUACUCGAAGUCAACAAUCCAGAUGGUCCUGCAGAGGAAAAAGCCCCAUCUGAGAGACCAGUGCAAGGAAAAGUAAAAGCGUCACCGGUACUCUUGCACAAAUCACUAUUUGUACAAAAGAUGCUAGAGGCCCCUGGUGCGCUAAGUGAACUCGUCUACUCUGGCUUAUUAGCAACAUCUACAGACGCCAUCAUCAAUAUGGCCUGCAAUUCAGUCACUUCACACGUCUUGCAAAAGGCUCUCACAGCAUCAACAUCAACAAUUCAGUUUCGGCGUCAGUUCGUGCCUCAGUUCUCCAGCCAUAUGAAGCAACUCGCUCUUGAUACUAGUGGUUCUCACGUGGUUGAUACCCUCUGGGAUGCAACCAAAGAUAUAUACUUUGUCAAAGAAAGAUUGGCGCAGGAGUUAGCCGACAGCGAACAUGAGCUCCGCGAUUCAUUUAUUGGCCGCGCAGUAUGGAAGAAUUGGUCAAUGGAUCUCUAUAAGCGACGACGAGGAGAAUGGAAAGGAAAGGCAAAGGGACUCGACGAUCAAGUAAAAAAUUUGAACAUUGGCGAUGAGAAGCCACGGACCAAGUCGAAACUUGAUCUUGCUAGGGAGAGGUAUGAUGCUGCACAGAAAUCUGCUGCCGGCAGGAGUAGCAUAGUCACGAAGUCUUGA